GCGAAAAUCAAAAUGGAGGGCGAAAACUCUGAGGUUUUGACGCCAAACAUGAUCCCGGUCUCGCCUACAGAAAGCGAAGAGGGUACGUAGCCAAAACCCUAAUAAUUUUAUUGAUGUUAUAUUGAGAGUGAUUUCCUAUCCUAUUGUAGAGCCUGGUGAUGUCCAAAUACGGAACGUUGAGGCCGAUGCAGAGGUAAGCUUACGAUUGUUUGGAAAACUUUGUUGGUACAGUUGGAAAAUGUUGGAAACUGCAAAAGUUGAAUAAAUUCCCCGAAAGAGGAGGAUUUCCUAAUGUUCUGCAGCUACUGAAAACCCGACCGAAAGACUGAUCAUUUACUUGAAUUGUGCUUGAGUACAAGGGACGUUGUACAUACUCGGCCACAAGCUGAGUGUCAAAUGCCAGGCCCCUGUCACACGUUUGCGCACGUUUUCUGUUAGUUCUGGAAGGCAAAUCCAUUGCUUUGGAAGCACACCCAUAACUCAUUGCUAGUCCAAAAUUGAAAAUGCUUGGGCCUUUUAUAUAACCAGACAGUUAAUCUGAAGACAGACUCCAGGUCACUUCAACACUCUGUAUUACAGUAUACCAAAAUUAAAAUAUAAUCCUUCUAUUUUAAAGCACAACAAAGGCGAAAAGAAAUAUGAACUGCCACAGAAAUUAUGCAAACAGGAUAUUUCUACAAAAACACAUAUUCAGAUCGAUCGAUCGAUCUUUGCUCCCAUUGGACGGAUGCCAUGAAUAAUUACUUUGCAUCUUUGGGAAUUGUUAUGCAUCAAGGAUGCAGUAUGCAGAAGUAACAAAAUAACUGAGGGAGGCUCUGUCCUAAAGAGGUACCUUUCCCAGGCUUCAGGUAUAUGAAAGGGUGGGGAUUUCACCAGUUGAUAUAUAUAUGAAAGGAUAGGAAAAUAUGUCAUUUCAGUUGGUAUAAAAACCCAAAAGGGCUGACAGGUGCAUUUUAUGCCUGUGAAGAAGUGGAAAAAAUGUUCUGGUUUUGUGGUUUAUUCAUAUCUUAAAAACAGUACAUUUACAGCUGUUUAAAUGUAUACACAGUUCAAAACUAGGUAUGUGAAAGAGGUACCAUUUGUCAAAAGAAGUUAUUUGCAAGGGGUACCGGUACCUUUUUUGGCUAAAAUGGUGUAUAAAAGGGUAAGGGGUUAGACCUCUGGGUGGAGCCUCCCCAUAUAAAACUUUGUUCGUGGGGAGUGAACACAGCACCAUUUUCAUUUUUGUGCAAGUAGCCAAACACUAGGGCUCUGGCUCUAAUUGUGAACAAUCCUUAAGUGCUAUUAUAGAAGUAUACUUGUUCCUGACCAACUGCAAUUUCUCUGAAUGUUUUAUGUAGGAAGUUGACCUUACCCAUGCAAAGAUCCAGAAGCUAGACAACUUAGAACGAUUGACUUGCGUCAAGGUAUGUUAUUAUUUAUUGUUUUUUAAAGUUUAAUAAGGAAAUUUGUAUUUAAACAAACAGUGUGUUUAAUAUUGGAUUGAUUGCAUGGCUUUAUUUUCCUGUUGCCUUUUUGGUUUUUAUGUAGCCAUUUCUGUUUUAAUCUUUAGUCCCUUUGCCUUCGGAGAAAUAACAUCUCUAAACUGGAAGGACUGAGCACAUUAACAACAUUGGAAGAGCUGGACCUGUAUGAUAAUCAGAUCAACCUGAUAGAGGGCCUAGCGAAUUUGACCAAUCUCACGUAAGAAAAUUUUUUCACGAAAAAAGCACUAUAAUUUAAACAAUGUUGUUAGGCUUUAAGAAAUACAAUCAAAUCUAUCAACAUUGGCCAUCAGUGCAUGGGGACAGUCUCAGGGAUGUAGCUAAGGAAACUCUUUUAUUAGUCAAGCUAGCUGCUUUACUCAACUCCUCUUUGAAAAUUCCCUGAUAUCAUUCUUUUCCAGAGCAAUCUAAGGCACUGGUAAGCUAUUUUUCAGCUGGUAAAAUUAGCCGGCUGCCGGCUCUUAGCAACAUCCCUGCAAACUGAAGCGAGAAUUGUUUGUUAGUAGCUGAGGAUCAACUGAACUCCCAGGGAACAGCUCUUAUUUCCUGGGUUCUUUUCAGUCAAAUGCCAGUUGCUCAUAAAUCAUUUUAAUGUGGUGGACUAGAAUUGAAGGAAAUGAAAGUGUGGUUGAGAUGAGAGUGCAAAGUAAAUGACUCGUCAGUUGUCAGAUGAAUAAACUAUUGGUCUUACCAAAUCAUGCAGAACAGUUUCACCUCAUGAAACUUUAUUUUAUUCUUGAUGUUUCCCUUGAGCUUUAUCGGUUAAUGAAAGUUUUAACACCUGAUUUAGACAAGGUAGCAAAGAAAACUUUUACCAUAGACCAUUUCCAAUCAUUGUAUUUAAUAUCAAAAUCUUACAAAGAAUAUGAAUUUGUAUUGUUUUAGGAGUUUGGACUUGUCAUUCAAUCUAAUCAAAGUAGUAGAAAACUUGGGAUGCUUGACAAAACUCAAAAAGCUUUACCUUGUUCAAAACAAGGUCUCCAAGAUAGAGGGACUUCAGAAUCUUUCACAGCUUGAGAUGUUGGAACUUGGUGCAAACAAAAUUAGGGUGAGUACAAAGUUAGUUGUGAUUCAGCAUACGGCUUGACGGUAGCUAUACAAACCUUUUGAGAAGAGCAUAAAACAUCGGCUGGACAGACCAUGCCAUGCUUGAGAGGAUCCAUGGGGGACUAACACCUUUAUCUUUGAGCCUCCAGCAAGAAUGUCUCCAGUUCGCUGGUCAUUUCUAUUGGGCAGAUGAAGAAAUAUUUUUAUCUCUCAUUCUCUAGUGCCCAGUGGGUAGAGUGCAGUCACAUAAGCUAACAUGUCUGCCCUGGCCAAAGUGAUUGCCAGGGAUUCAGGACUUGAUACCAGGGACCUGAGGACAGCGACGGUGAAUCGUGUUGCUUGGGAAGAAAUGUCCAUGGAUGUCCUGUCCACUUCAGCAGUUGAAGGAUGAUGAUGAUGAUGACUAUACUUUGUAACUUAUCUAUUAAUACGCUCAUUUUGAGUCAGUUCCCCAUGCAAUGAACGACCAAACUCCCCAGACAGGGUUCUAUCUAGGAUUUAUAGUUUGGGAGAGAAGUCGCAAGUGGCUGAAGGUGACAAGCUUCCUAGGGGGUCCGGGGGCAUGCCCCCCCUAAAACUUUUUUGAAAUGAAUAUGCGCUGAGAUGCAAUCUGCUGCAUUUUGAGACACAAUUGUGACAAAUGUUACUGCGUGUGCAUUGACCUCAUCGCGAACCUAAACAGCAGCUUGUGACAAAGUCUAUUGAAACUUGAAUGUAAUCAAAAUUUUUAUCUAUCAUGUUUGUCUUUUCAAGGUUCUGGAAGGAUUGGAAGGUCUAACACAACUACACAGUUUAUUUGUGGGGAAAAACAAAAUUACAAAACUUGAUGUAAGUGUUUACUAGUUGAGAGUAAGUAUGAAGCAAUACUCUUUCUUGAACGUUUUAAAAACACUUUAUUUAGGUUUUAAUUUAGUAAGCAUUUCUGUUGACUUUUUUUGUUGCUAGAAUCUCAGUUGUCUUACCAAUCUGAAGUUACUCAGUAUUCAGGUGAGUCACUUCCGUUUUUGUCACUGUCUAACAAACAAUAUAUUUACAUGUACCUAAUGCGAAUCUCAAUUUGUUUAUACAGGCAAACCUCUCCACUACAGCCACCUUGGGGACAGAAUAAAGUUGCCGUGUUGUGGAGAGGUGGCCGUUAUGGAGAGGUAGUGGUGUAAUAUGGCAAAUUUUUUUAGGGGAGUACAACAUGAUUAUUUUGCCAAGUUCAUGCCUACUGUAUCCCAUAAUGAUAAUCCAAUCAUAAUGAUGAUACAUAAAACUAAAAUGCACAAAAAACUUAGAUAAUUUUUUGAAUCAAAACGUUAACACGAACAACCGCGAGCAAGGCUCUCAACAUUCGCUGUAAGUAUUGUAGACAAUCUAGUAUGUUUGCUGCAGGAGUAUUAAAUGGAACACAAUUAAAACGAUUGAUUGCCGCGAUCAUCAAUGCUCCAUAUGGGUCAAAUUCCAUGUCCAUUCCUGACUUCACUCGUUAGUCGCUGAAAAACUGGCUGUUUUCGAGAGGUCACUUUGGCAGUCGGGGACGCGCUGUAAGGACAAGAAAGUGGCCGUUGUAGAGAGGUGGCCGUUAUUGGAGGUUUUGUGGAAAGCAAGGACUUACAUUAGUAGCUAAUAAAGUUAGUGACCAGUUUUAUUUUCAUUCCAGAGCAAUCGCAUUGUCAAGCUGGAAGGUUUUGAUGGUUUAGUUAAUCUAGAAGAACUCUACAUUAGCGACAAUGGCAUUGAAGAAAUCGAAGGCCUUGACAACUUGGUAAGUAAAGACUUUAAUAGGAGAGUGAUAACGGUCAUCAGAAAAUAGUGGUCAAAAUACGGAAAUUAUCAUAAGAAAAGGUUUCCUGAAGAUUUCUGUAUCAAGAAAAAAAUAAUCCCCCAAAAUUACGCCUAUUACAGUGCGCCUACCCAAACGCUUGAACUUUCGACCCAGCACAUCAGGGUAGAUAACAGUUUCGGAUGAGAUGAAAAAGCCACGUAAAAUUUUUGUGGCGACGGAAGGUCCCCUUAGAAAUCCGAAAAGAUUAAAAGUUUCUAGGGCAGCUCCAAAUUAACCAAACAGGCUUCUAAAGCAUAGAGAAAACCAUGUAACACACUUCUGACGUAUGGGUAUCGCUUUCAUCCCCUCCCGUCUGGUUCACUCUUACCUUGAUCUUCAUCAUAACGUCAGCUUUGUCUGGAAUAUUCAAACGCCCGGUAUAGAAUUCCUGGAGAGGCCUGAAGUGUGGAGUUGUUGUACUUGCCAGAGUUUUUUCAUACGGUUCCCCAUCCUAGACUCAAGAGAGCUCAUUCAGAACCAAACCUGGAGGGGUAAAAGAGUUCAGGGUUCACCGGUACAGAAAAGUCCUUUGAAGGAUUAGUUUCUUGUCUUUUUUGGCACAUUUUGAUCUUGACGCUACAGAGCAUUGUUUUCUACUCUGUGUACACAGAUCAACCUCAAAACACUGGAUUUAGCAUCUAAUAGGAUAAAAAGAAUCAGGAAUGUCUCUCAGCUUGUCAACUUAGAAGAAUUUUGGGUGAGUACGAUUUGUCGUAUGAAAUAAUAACAUACAGAAGAGCUUAACUAUUUUACAGUGUUCUAUUUAUUCAUAAUGCGAGGAAAAUGUUGUGUUUUUAUACUUUAUACGUCCUGGAUUCAAGCUUCGCCCGUCGCGUUGUUUCCUUAGACAAGGAACUUUACUCCACUUUGUCUCUCUUCACCCAGGAGUAUAAAUGGGUACCGGCGACAUACUGCUGGGGUAACCCUGCUAUGGACUAGCAUUCCGUCUAGGGGGGAGUAGAAGUACUCCUAGGCAUUCAUCAUGCUACGGAAGUUACCGUUAAAAGCUCCGGCCGUGUGGGCCUUUGGCUGUGUGCUCCUUUACCUACUUGUGUUUUUUUUAUCUCUUCAGUUCAACGACAAUCAACUCGAUUCCUGGGAAGAUUUGGACCAGUUUAAGACCUGCACCAAGCUACAAACAGUCUAUCUGGAGAGGAAUCCAAUAUGGAAAGACACGGCUUACAGGCGGAAAGUUAAACUUUAUCUGCCAAAUGUUACACAGAUAGAUGCCACAUUAUGUGGCUAAAACAUCUCAAGCCCCAUUAAUUAUGACGGGCCAUCCUGGAUCUCACGUAAGUCGCGACGAGAGUCACCGGUCGUUUUUAUACAAAGUCGUUUCGAUACAAGUUUAUUCAGUCGACGUGUAAACAGUUUCACGAACUGGGCUUAACGAAAGAAGAAUAUUCCAUCCCAAAUGUUUUUUUGUUCACGCGCAAACUAUACUUGAAGUGGUCAAAAUUUGUUUGCAAUUUCACUUCUUGACUUCGUAUCGGAAAGACGAGCGAAAAGACAGAAAAUGCUAAACGAAGAAUGCUUCCGUUUUGGAUACCUCUCCCUCGUCGAGACUUACUGAAAACAUGGAAAAAAGUACUUAUGGUGAUACAUACUUGAGCAUUCUUAGUCGGAGAGGAAAAUGUAUCAUAAACGGAUUUUUUUAUUUCUGUACCGAAUGUCGUUAAACUUUGUUAGUAACAGAGCGUCGACCAACACUGGGUUUUUUUGUAACCUGUCUUUAAAAUUGUCCAUAGAGACUAACGUGAAACUUUUAUGUUGGAAGUUGCUUGUGGUUUUGUUGUUUUAUGGUCCUUAGAGCGUGGAAAAAAGUCGAUACUUCAAAUCGAUGUAAGAAUGCAGCAAGGUUUUACCGUAAACUUACAGUAGCGUCUUUGUGAAUUUGUUGAUUGAAGUGGCUGUUGUUGGCAAUAGUAAUUACUGAUAAGUUUUUCCAGGAAUUGCACGCUCGCUUCUUAAAACUCUGUUGUUCCUCAGUGUUGGGUCAGCCCUUUACUUCCAUAAAAAGGAACCUAAGAACCGGACACGAAGCUAUAGCUUGUGGAAGAGAUCUAUAUCGUCAUCAUUAUCAUCAUCAUCGUCAUCAUCAUUAUCCGAAUCAUCACCAUUAUUAUUAUUAUUAUUAUUAUAAAUAUUAUUGUUAAUAUUAUUACUAUCUUUAUUACAGUUGAACUGCCAUUAAGCGUCCACCCUCGGGGGACUGGGUACUGGCAAGUGGCCGCUCAAUAGAUGAUAGUCAUAAAUUAGCAUAAUCUUUAGCGGAAACAUCGCUAUAUUUUAAAACAAACAGGCAACAGGAGAAACGUUACUGGUCCACAAUCGGUCGUCACCUUCUAUCUCGGACUGAAUUAUUUUUCCUUCAUCAUAUUCUUGAAAUAAAGCCAAACUAAGUGUAUAAAGCGCUUGAUGGCGCUUGAGAGGCGACAAGAGUGGGAAAACUCUCGUUGGGAAGGCCAAAAUUAUUUCCGGACUUUGGUAACCGGCCUCUUAAUAGAGGGUGACCGUUUAAUAGGUUGCUGCUCAGUGGAGGUUCACCU